AGGAGUGGAGGGCUAACCUCCCCAAGGUCUUCCUUUAUGACUAUGGUCCGGAAUCCAUGCCAGGGCGGCCCGGAGUGACCACUGUGGGGACGGGCCCGCGAUCAGGGAUGAUGACUAGGCCCCCUACCCCGCAAGCUAGGCUGGCUCAGGCAGCCCGCACUCGAAGUCAAGCCAAGUCAGGUGCGAGUCAAGAACCUCCUCGGAAGGAACCAGAACCAGAAAAGAGGAAGGAAACUGUAGAGGUAGAGGAUGAUGAUGAUGAUGAAGGGGAAGAUGAUCGAUUACGUCAGAAAGCAGAUCAAAGGGCCGAACAGCGAGCCAAGAAAAGAGAAAGUCGGGGAGAGGCCGAACCGGUUAUGCGAGACGUACCGCCAAAGAGGAAGAAGUAUGCGGUCCGGCUAGAGGAAGGAUUUGAUGUAGAGCGAGUAAUUGACAGGCUGCUUGAGGGCCAUAAUGAUUUAAUGACCCUGAAAGAGAUCCUAGCGUCUGCGYCCAGGCUCCGCAAUGAGUUGAAGGGCAGACUGUCAAGACGAYUGRUACCAAAUGUUCACCUCWGCRUGAUCCUGCCCAAGGAGAUGGAAUGGGCAGAGCCAGGGACAAAAAUGGAUUGGAAGUGUGUAGCUUGUGGCGUGGUGGACCUAGCGGUAAAGGGCUCCAAAUGCACAGCCAUGGUGGAUACCGGCGCGAAAAUGAAUAUCAUUCGAGAGGCCGACGCCAUCAAGUUUGGGUUAGAGGUAGACCGUUCAGAUUGUGGCAUCCUGCACGGGGCCAACAACAAGGCGGUGUUCUGUGGAACAACCUCGAAUGUGCUACUGGAGAUUGGCAGGGUGAAAGCGUGGGCCUGUUUCUUUGUGAUUCCUGAUGUGGACCACAACAUCCUCCUGGGGAGGUCCUUCCUAUGCAGGACGGAGACUUUGAUAUAUAAUAAGCAUGAUGGGUCAUUGAUCCUGAUUCUAUGUGAUCCAGCAUGCGGGAAUUACGAAGUGAUUACCUGUCGGAACACUGGGCCAAGGAGCCUCAGGAACAGGCCCAACCCUGACUCUUUCACGAUUGAGGAGUCAGAAGACGCGUAUCGGAGGCUUAUGGCAGAGCCCGAGGACGAAGUAGAAGGUGAAGCCUUCUCGCUCAACCUGUCGGAUGUGGGAAAGGCCAUGGAUAUAGUGGCCACGCACGAGAUGGCCGAUCCGGAUGCCAUUCAGGCGUUGAGGGAGCAGGUUCUGGAGUAUCCCCAGGAAGGGGAGAUGGAGUUGGUUUACCGGCUUCCCAAGGGGGGAAUGGAUCCGGCAGUGGCACAAGCGCAGGCACGAGUGCCAAUUCCCUUUCUGGUUACCGAGGACGAGGAGGUGUACUACGAACGGGAGCGAGCGUUGAUACGGCGGAUGAGGGAAAAUGCGUCAGAAGGGCCAUGUCGUAUCAAUAAGGAAAACGAAGGGAAGUUGAUAGUGGGAGAACCGGACUUCCUACUACCGCGGGAAAGAGCCCUGAUGGUGGAGCUGAUGAAGAAAAGACAUCGCGCCUAUGCGUUCAGCGACGAGGAGCGUGGCAGGUUGGAUGUGGACAAGAUUUCAAUGAUCCGCAUCCAUACCGUGCCGCACAAGCCAUGGAAUCUAAGAGGGGCGCGAUACCCGGAUCCGGACGAAGAGAAGAAGGUAGUGGACUACCUCGAUGGCAAAAUACGUACGCACGUCGCCGACUACUCGAGCGGACCCUACGCAUCACCAUGGUUUUGUUUUAUUAAGCCCAAUGGGACACUAAGGUGGGUACAGGACUUGCAGAGACUGAAUGCGGUGACAGUGCGGAAUGCAGGUGGGCUACCAAAUGCUGAUGCGCUGUCGGAAUCGUGCGCUGGGAGGCCGAUAAUUUCACUUAUUGACCUCUAUUCCAGAUAUGACCAAUUUUCGGUCUACCCGCCGGACCGACCAGUAACAACUAUGCACACGCCUCGAGGGCUUAUCCACAUGAAUGUGGCUCCGCAAGGGUGGACGAAUGCGGUGGCAAUGGUCCAGAGGAAUAUGAUCCGGGUCAUGCAGACAGUUAGUCUACACAUCACGCAACCAUACAUCGAUGACCUGGCAGUGAAAGGGCCGCGAAAAAGGGAAGACGAUGAGGUCCUGCUUGGAGUAAGGUGGUUUGUUUGGAGGCACAUUCAGGACCUUGAUAAAGUCUUGGGCUUGCUUGAGGAGUACAACCUUACGGCCAGUGGGCCUAAGUCUAAGCACUGUAUGAGGGAAGCGACUAUCUUGGGGUUCGUCUGUAAUGAGAACGGCUGGCGACCGGACGUUAAGAAGACGGAUAAGAUAGUUGAGUGGCCGGUGCCAUUCCGUUUUGUAACAGAUGUAAGGAGCUUCCUAGGUACGUGUGGGUUUUGGAGGUCCUUUGUCAAGAACUUUGCGGCAAAAAUAGAGCAAUUAAGAAAGCUGGUCCGGCAGGAUCAAGAGUGGACCUGGGGUGAGGAUCAGGAAGAGGUUGUGGCCAACAUGAAAGAGGAGUUCCAGGAAGGAGGAUUGGUGCUGGGAGCGCCCGAUUAUGACGCUACGGAGACGAGACCAUUCAUUGUGGAGACCGGUGCAGGACCGACGACCUUGGGUGGAGUUCUAAUCCAAGCAGACGUCAAGGGGAAGGAGAGGCCGUUGCGCUUUGAGAGUCACACGCUAUGUACGAGGUUCAUCUUGAGGGUAGACCCAACGGCUCUAGCUUUCUCCCUGAGGAAUUAUGUUCCGCCCGAUCCAACACUUGCCAGGUGGUUGACAUACAUCUGGAUGUUCAACUUCGAGUUGGAACGGAUCCCAGGGAACAAGAACAGGGCAGAUGGGCUAAGUCGCAUCAACUGGGAUAGGGAGGACGGGGAAGUUGUAGAGGAUACGCCCCCUGUUGAUGGCUUUCUGGACCAGGACGAGGACAUCCGCCUCCACAUCAAUAAGUGGUCCCCACGAGUCCCCAGCUGCGUUGGCCAUCCUAUCUGGCACGCGCCUAAGGGGUAUGAGCGGAAAGCUGAGUUGGUGCUCAAGCCUUUCGAAGAGGAGGAUCCCUGGGGUGGUAAGGACGUCCAAUGGAUGACCAAGUUGGCACUCGCAGGUAGCCAUUGUAUGGUGGAUGAGGUACGGACAAUAGAGGAGGGCCCGGACAGGGUAAAACGCCACGAGGAAGUAAUGGGAGGAAUGUACCUCCUCGUCAACACGCUUCUGCAGGAGUCCCUUGAUUUGAAAAACUCGCUAAAUCCAGCCGAAGGAAGAGAUACUGUGUUGGAGAGUCAGGAUGACGAGUUCGAAGAGGGAAAGAUCAAGGAGGCAUUCCGCGCAGAGGAGUAUGAUGGGGUUUACCUAGAGCUAGGACUUCUCUUAUCAUGCGAGAUGCGUGAUAGAGACGCAAGCCAUAGGGCGCAGAUGAUGAGGGAUCGCUACCUAGCGGAAAGACCUUUGGCCAGACGGAUCAGGGAUAUAGCUCGAGAUUGGGAUGGUUGUAGAGCACACUUGAGGGCAGCAUCGCGACAACCAGAACCACCUCGGCCUAGAGUCGAAAGGCGCCUCAGCAGCGGUAGGCAGAGGGAACCUAAGCCCGCUGAGAACCGAACCUCGCGAAGAGGAUGGAAGGCGCUCGCUAGGCGAGAGGAGGAAACGGUACCUGAGGCAGAGGAGCGAGGAGAAGGCCCCGAGUGUGAAUUGGGACCAAUAGAGUUCCAUCGCUAUCCUGGACCAGGACUGGGAGGAUCUCCGCAGCACACGCAGCAGGAGGUACCAGCGUCCGGAGGGUCAUUGCAAGCAUUAGAGGCACAUCUGGACGCUGCCCAGUGGAGAGAGCCGCCGAUGAGUGAGAGGCGCAUUGAGGCCGUCGCGGAAGUACCACAAGAGGACGUUCCAGACCUUGAACAAGAGGAGAGGCCGAGUGCUACGAAAGUCCGGAUUGGGGAUGAGAUCAUAGACGUUGAGGAGGACACUCCCCCUCAGGGGCCACCUGUGGGGCUGAGGCUCGGUAGUCCACCCGAGAGCCCGCCAGAUACGAGGAAGGAAGUACAAAGGGGGGAAGUCUCACUCGUGGUACUCGAGACGGGCCUAUCGCCGACAGGAAUGGAGGCAAGUGAGGCGGAGGGGGCCAGUCUGAGGAGUGAGGAAGACAGUCUGAUUGAUAGACAUCUGGCCGCCCACGCCCUGGAGCAGCCUAAUCUGGAAGAAGUUAUACCUAUGGAGUCACUCCGGGAACCAGGUCAGGCCGAGAGAGAGUUGGAAACGGGGAUCUCAGGGGAAGUCGAACAACGCACGGUAGAGGAAGUACCAGCGAAAGAAACGGCUGAGGAAAAGCGGGCUAGAGUAGCAAGACGUUGGGAGGAAAUCCGGCAGGAGGGGCAAAGAUUGGAAGCAGCAGGGGUGCUCCCAAGUCCGCCACCGCCCUAUAAACCAUAUGGGCUCCGGGAGAUGUGGGGAGAGUUUCUUGCUCGUCAUGGCGAAGGGUUGACGACCCCAGGCAAGGCAGAGGUCGAAACCUCACAGAGAGCUGAUGAGUAUUUGGAUCAGAGGAUUCGCUCCGUAUCYAAGACCUCCUUCAACAGGUAUAGGAUGUUGGAGGCGGAUCUGAGAGGGAAGGAGCUGCAGGAAGCAGGGUUAGAGUCACGGUUGGGGACCCUUGAGGCAGAAGUCUGUGAGCUCAGGGCUCUAGUGACUAGCCAGGCCGCCACCAUCCUAGAAUUGAGGCAGCAACUUCAUGGCAGCAAGGAUGGGGCGGAAGGCAGCAGGCCAGGGGGGCAGAGUCAGCCAAGACAUGGCGUAUUGGAGCAACCAGCGGUGGCGGAGCCUCAGCAAGAGGCACCUAUAAGAAGAAUCAUUUUGGAGACUGAGGAGGCAGAGGCCAAGAGGAAGGCUGAGAGGGAAGCCUUCGAAUUCAGAGCCCCUACGGAGCUUGCGGUGCUACCCACGAUGGCGGCGGACCCUGCCAUGCCACCGUCACUUAAGGAGAGACUGCCCUUGGCCAGUGAUGAGCCUCCCCAAGGCUCGACAGGAGGAUCCUUGGACGUGCUACUGGAAGCAGUCCACUCUAUGCAGGAGGUUGCUGGCUUGUUUUCACCAGAGUACAAGUUGGAAGAGCCCCUGGAAAGCGAGAUGGGAGGUGCAAUGGAGGGCAUUAUCGCAGGCAGGCCCUAGAGGUUGGAUACUCCUGACUAUGAGCCAGAGGGAGC